AUGCAAGAUUUGGCAGUCGUUCUAAAAGAAGUAAACAAAAGUCCAUCUCGACCAGCUGAAAUUAGAAAAAUGCUGUUUUCGCCCAAAGAAGAAACUUUAAAGUAUACGCCUAAAGAAACCCUAGAAUCUAUUCUUGAUAACAAUUUUAGUAAACAGCAUUAUUUAAACAUUAGAUACGAAGCUCUUUUAAGAAAAUCUCAUAUGUACCAAAUCUAUAAUGAAAUGUGGAAAUGUAAACCUAAAUGUAAAUUAACCGGUAUUACUGUGUCUGAUAUUGUAGCGAAAGUUUCUUCAUCAAAUCUUCUGGAACAUACUACAAAAAGAAUUACAUUUUUGAUGAAGUUGAAUCAAAAAUUCCUCGUAAUUCUUGCAUGUAUGGUCGCUUCAGCCAUGAGCCAAAGAGGAUCAUUUGCAGGCUCUGGCCCAAAAGGAGUUCCAAAUUUGCAUCCCAUGUUUAAGCAGAACCAAACUGAGAAUCCCCAAAAUGUGCAAGGCAAUCUGGAAAACAGAUUUGGGGAAACUGCUGGUACGACUGCUAAAAUACCUGUGGACGCCAGAGGUGAUGUCAACCUUGUUAAUCGCCUUAACGAGUGGCCCGAAGAGAACAGACCAUUUUGGUUGACCAACUACAAAAUAAUUGAGCAAAAUAGAGGAGGUUCUACUGCCGGACCAGUUGUUAACAACCAAAAUAUCCCGAACCAAGGUCAGAAUGUUGGUUCUGCAGGACAACCAAUUGGUACUGGAUCACAACCGAAUGGUGGUUUAAACCAAGCUUUCAGUAAUAGGUUUGGUGAAGGAAACAACCAACCCGAGAUCAAUAACAAUAAUUCGUUUUCUAUUAUUAUGAACGGUCAAUGGAGAACAUAUGUAUACAAUCCAAUGGCCGAUUCGUGGGUUAGAAGAGUGUAAUAUAUAAGAUAAUGUUUUAGUUGGAUAUAGUUUAUACAGAGUGAUUUAGUUUGAUAAUAGCAAACUUUUAUAUUUAUUGUUAAAUGAUUUUUUUUAUUAUUUAAAAAUUUAACGUUAUUAUCGCAUUGAAUUUUUAUUAUGGUUUUAAAACCUGUAAAUAACCAUUUAAAAAUAUUUUGUAUAAAACACGACUAUAACACCAAAUCACCCAGUAACCUUUUAACAGUACUGAUUAUAAUAUAUUCAAUUCCAGUUAUAAACUUAAGUAUUUUAGUAAACAGAGUUAUUUUUAGUAUCAUAUAUUUGUUUUUAUACUAUAGAUAAUCUAAAUUAUCAUAUCAUAAUAAUAAUAAUAACUAGAAUGAUAUUUUUAUUUCUCUAUAAUAUUUUAUAACAAUUUAUGUUAAGUCUUUUUUUGAAACUGUAUUGUUUUAUUUUUUUAAUAGUAGCAAGGCUAUACGAUACGGGGUCCCUACCAUUUUAUAUGGACAGUAUUUCUAUUUCUUAAACGGUUUACAGUAGAAAAAUGUUACGCAGUUUUGUGAUCAGUACAAUGGUGCUAAGAACUCUUUGAUAUUUACAGGGAGAUUCAAUAUUGAACAAAAAUAAAAAUUGUAAUUUCUUUAAAUUCAUUUAUAUUUGAUCGAUAUUUUGAAUCUCCUUGUAGAUAAUAAAAGUUUCUUGGCACCAUUUUAAUAAGCACAAAAUUGCGCAAAUUUUAUCUAAUUAAUUCAACUUUCUAUCUGUUAUCGUUUAGGAUAUGGCACGGUGUGUAUCAGAAUGGUAGAUGUAGAUUCUAAAAACUGUAAACAAAAAAAAAACAUAGUAUCUAUAAUUAAAUAAAAUUAUUUAUUCUGUUUCCUGUAAUUUCGCAUAAACCUGAAUUGAUUUUAUCCACAAUUUGUAGAUGUUAUAAUUAAAGUUCCUUAUUUUGAUACCUAUUAUUUAUAAGUAAAAGACUGUAAUAUUAGAGCUAGUUUUUGG